ACUGAGAAAUUUGGUGAAGGGACUGAAGGUCCAAGAUUUAAAAAUGCCGCGUUGUUGCAGCAAAUUUCUGUACUGCCCUGUGUUCCAUCAGGAAAGCAUUCCUAUUUUGUGAUUAUUGAAUGUGGAACAAAAGUUGGCACCAGCAAAAUUUCAAAAGCAAAUCAUAAAGAAAUUCUAUGGAAUGGGAAAUUCUUAUUUGUGUUUCCAACUUCUGAGUGGCAAAACAUAACUCACCUUAAGCUGAAAAUUAUCGAAGCAGAAUACUUCACAGAUGGCAGAUUUGUUGGUGAAACCAUUAUCAACCUCAAAGGACUGAUGGUGGAGGGAAAUGAUAAAGGAGUCAUUGAGUUGAAACCAACCCCAUAUAAUGUGGUUCUGGAAGAUGAUUCUUACAAAGGAGAGAUAAAAUUAGGACUCAAGUUCAUCAAAAAUGGAGAUUGUGAAACAAAGAGAAGAGAAUCAGCAGCAGAGGGAGAAAAUAGUGGCUCAAUAUGUAACACCAUAAUGAAAGUGUGGAGUAUGACAUGGUGCAGUAUACUUUAUUUUUGCAGAAAGACAAGUUAUGAUUAUAAACAGAAGGAAAAUUAGGAAGAAAUAUGAGCUGAUAUAUGAGCGAGUGAUAAAAUAUUGACAUCAUUAGCCAUGCUCUCUUCUUAGGAAGCCAUUAUACAAUUAA